AAGAGACAAAAACCCCAGCUCAGAGAAAUUACCACCCACCACUCCAUCCCUUCUUCGCUCUCCCCACCGCGGAACAUACCAUAGACUCCUUACUACUCACCCAGAAUGAUCACCGUCGCCCUUGCAGGCAGCACAUCCCGCGGCCUCGGCCGCGCCAUCCUCACAGCCCUCGCCGAGUAUCCCACCCAGCUGCGCGGCAUAGUACUCAGCCGCCACACGUCUCCGACCCCGCGCUGGCUCGAAGACAUGGGCAUCGAAGUGCGCAAAGUAGACUACACCUCCGAAGACUCGCUCUUCGCCGCCCUCGAGGGCGUGCACACCGUCAUAUCCACCCUUCUCGCCCAAGACGGAACCUGGACCUCCACGCAACUAACCCUCCUCCGCGCCUCCCUGCGCCGCGGGAUCCCGCGCUUCGCGCCCGCAGAAUUCGGCCCCGGCCCGCUCGCCGCGCCGCACAUCGACCUCCUGCGCCCGCAACGCGCCGUGCUGGACGCGUGUCGCGCGGCCGCGACGCAGAAUCCGGGCUUCGAGUACGCAGGCUUCCAUCUGGGGCUGUUUAUGAACUACCUGGGGUACGGUGCGCCAGACGAAGAGCCCGCCUUAAACGGGCUGAGCGAUAGCUGGCGCUUUGUGUGGGACGUUGAGGGGAUGAGGGCGCGGAUCCCGCUGACGCGCGAGGGCCGCGUGCCGCGGCUGAGCAUGAUGGAGAUUGGGGACGUGGGGCGGUUUGUGGCGGCGGCGUGCGUGUUGCCGGCGGGGACGUGGAGGGAGGAUUUCAGCAUGGAGGGGGCGACGGUGCGGCUGGAUGAGGUGGUGCGGAUUGUGGAGGAGGUGCGGGGAAGGAAGAUGGAGGUUGUGUAUCGGCCGUAUGAGAUGGUGUGCGAGGAGGAGGAGAGGGAGCAGGUUGCUUAUCCGGAUAAGUUCUGGGGACAGCUUGAGCGCAUGGUGGCGAGGGAACGGGUGGGGGAGGGCGUUGUGGAGCCGGUGCUGAAUGAGUUGUGUCCGCAGGUGAGGCCUAUGGGGGUGGAGGAGUAUGUUAGGAAGUUUUGGUCGUGA